CCAGGAUGACCAACAGUACAUGGAAGCAUUUGAUCAGCUGUUAGAAUGUUGGACAUCCCUGCUAAGUGAGGCCACCCACUUCCCUCCAGCAUACUUCUGCAGCCACGCAAUCCAGAUAUUCAACUGCUACCUCCAGAGCCACUUGGGGGCGCCAGAUGGAACUAGGGAUCAGAAACAGAAUGGAGAUGCAAGUGAAGAUGAUGAAGAGGAAGAAAUCAAUGAAGUGGAGGAAGAUGAUAGAGAUCUAUUUGCAGAUCAGCUGAUCAGUGUAGCAGCCAUGGGCAGAGCAACACCACAACAUAGUAUACCUAUAUUAACAAAGUUUCUAGAAGAUAGAGCUCACAGAUUACAUAAUCAUCUAAAUAGACAUCAGCAUCAACAGCAUCAUAAUGUAGAUCUAGAUAUUAAAGGGCUUCAUCAAAUAUUUGAAGACGUCCAUUGGCUUACGUUAAUAACGGGCCACCUUCUAGCAGACGACUUCCAUGGCGAGACACCGAUCAUUCCAGAGCAGCUUAUACGAUACUCCCAGCUAGAAUCUCAACAUGUAAAUACAGAUGUCACACUAAAGGUUCUAGGUUCAAUACAAGAUGACCCCUCUUCAAUACCGGGUCAUGAAAAGGCUGAUAAAGUCAUUAGGUUAGCUGCAGCUGUCUUGCGUAUCUCUGAGAUUGAAAGGAGGGCCGUUCAGGCUCAGCUAGGUGAUCUAUGGAGUCCUCAGGUCGGUAGUACGGUGGUUUGGUUUCUACGGCGAUGGCUCUCAUCAUAUCUCAUGCUCAACGAAUCCUACUAUCAAGAGCUAAGCAUACCCCUUGCAGUUUGUUUUGGUAAAGGAACUGAAGGGAGUAAUUGGCUGACUGGUUUUCUUCUUGAGAAGUGCCUUUCAAAUCUAUCCGUGUGGAGCGGUGAGCAUGAACUAGCCAAUGAUACAGUGGAUCUGCUAGUAGCUCUGGUGGAGAAAAAAGAAAGAUGUAUACCAGCUCUGCAGUGCGAGAGCUUCUGGACCAUAGCUAAGCAGCAUGCAAGCAGUUCACCACCCCUAGACCUUCUCCCUCUGGACAUAAAAUCAAACCUGAUGAAAGCCUUGGUCCUGGCAGGAUCGUUAGCAAACAACCAAGAGAUCAAAGACAGGUUUAUGCAGGAGGUUCUUCUCCCAGUCCAGAAUCGCUUCAAGGGAUUGGUCCAGCAGGAGGACUUUGUCAGAAAAUCCCAGGAGGAAUCCCUCAAGUCAACCCUCUGCAUGCUGCUGAGCCACAUCCGGGGCAUCGUCAUGGGAACCCGCUUCAACUCCGCCGAUGAGCUCUUUCUCUUCACCAUGCCCCUUGCCACGGAGUCGGUUUCACUCGUCAGGACCUAUCAUAAUUGCUCUGAUGUUGUCGAGAUGGUGUUGGAAAUGUUUCUUGAGAUGGGCAGGAGACAGCUGACCUACCUCAAUAGGGCAAACUCCUUCAAGCUGUAUGAGAUCUCACUGUCUCUCCUGGAGACCUACAACCAGUGCAACCUUGGUAAGCAGAGGCAUGAUGUCUUAGCGGAGGAAGAGCAGUACCAUGACAUAUCCAUCCUGAUUGAGCUACUUACAGAGAUCAUCUCCAAAGACAUGACGGAUUUCCUGCAUGAUGAUGAGCCAAAUCCAGCAAGCAAUGUUUCUGCCCCUGAUGUUGUCCUGUAUGGCCUCAACCUUCUUCUACCUCUUAUUAAUCAAGAACUUCUCAGGUUUCCAACCCUAUGUCAGCAGUACUUUCGGCUCGUCACAUCCAUCGGUGAGCUGUAUCCGGAGCGUCUUGUUUGCCUACCUGGGGCACUCUUCCAGAACCUCAUGGUGUCGAUAGAGGCAGGACUGACAGAGUUUGGUAGCGAUGUUUCCUGUAUGACCCUGGAUGCCCUGACGUCCAUGGCAGAACACUGUGCCAAGAAUCGUCAAAUGGUGGCCGGCUCUCAGCUUGAUCAUGCCAUGGAGCACUUUCUAAGGGUUUUAUUUGAUACCAUCGUGAGGCAGAGCUUUGAUAUGGAUAUAAUUCCAGCGGCUGGAUGUGCUUUCUACACACUCAUCUGUAGCCAUCAUGAAAAGUACACUGAGCUUGUCAAUAGCAUCCUUCGUCACCAACCAAACCCUUCCAAUUAUCAGCGAUUAGCAACAGCUUUCAGUCAGCUUACACCGAACAAUGAAGUCCUCAAUCUGGACCGUGCCCAUCGUAUCAAGUUCCAAUCCCAACUGGAGAGUUUCCUAGUCAAUGCCAGACCGUUGCUCAUCGUGAAGUGAUAAAAAGCCCCAAGAGGGGUUGCAUAACCCUUUUUGUCAAAGUUAUCCUUGAUAUUGAUGUCAAGGAUAGUGUGAUUGGUUCUUGAGGAUCGUCUCCUCUUCGUGGUAUGGCUUACUGCUCAAAGACUCUUCCUUUUACUCCGUUGAACUUGCCUUUAUAUCUGGAUCGUGCCCAUCGUAUCAAAUUCCAAUCUCUACUGGGAGUUUCCUGGUCAAUGUCAGAGCGUUUGCUCAUUGUGAAGUGAUGACCAUGCCUGAAGAAGAAUUGACCUGAGAUGUCAAGGUUAGCGUGAUUGGGGUUCGCGAUUUUCCUCUUUGUGGAAUAGUUUAUUUUGCAAAGAUGUUGAACUUGCCUCUACUGUUCAUUAUACGAACCACUGGCAUUAAGACAGCAUAUGUCCAAUAUUGCUGCCUUCUGUCUGGGCUGCUCACAACAUUCCAUCUCAAUCAGUGUUAAGGUUUCUAGAACUCAAGGUUCAAGAAGAGUGAACCUUUGGUUCAGUCUUAGGUUCAGGAAUUGAAGGUGUAAGAAUUCAAUGAUUGUAACAUUACAGUCUUGACAGAAUUUGUUGAAGGUCAUUGAAACUAUCAGCAUUGUUAGGAUCAAGGACUUGAAACUAAAGUAUUUUUGUACAUUGAUGACCUAGAUCGAAGAUCUUGCCUAUUGAGGAUGAAAACUAAGGUUUAAGAAUUCAAGAAUUUUUGUAUCUCUAUGAACUUGAACUGAAAGUCUAUUAUCGGUAUCAACAUUCAAGAAUUCUUAUUUGCCCGAGUUGAACUUGCCUCAAGAAUAGUUGAAAGUACCAGAAGGGUAAGAUUAAAAAAAUGAAAGGUGUUACAAUCUAAGCAUUUCAUGACCUUGAUUAUGUUUAUAUGAAAGUUGUGGUUCAAGUGAUAAAUGUGUAAUUAUUUGUAAAUCAUGUUGUCUACAAAACACAUUGUCUUCCUCUGUCUUGGUUUACUCUGUAAAAUGUAUCAGAUUACCCUGUAUGAAUGUGUUGUAAGGGCUUGUCUCAUGUUUGGUAAUGUCAGCUUAUCUAUAAAUCCCAGUGUUGUAUAAGAACGUGCCCUAUGGUGAUCAUAGGAGUGUGUUCAGAUGGAAAUUUAAAUCUUCUGUAUGGUCACUCCAUGGUGGAGUAUGAACAUGACUGGUAUUGAUCAUAAGAAUAUGUUCAGAUGAAUUGAUUAAUCCAACUUUUCAAGUCUUUCAAUACAACUCUAAUGUACUUUAUAUUACUGUUAUAAACAUGCCUUGAGAGCUGAGAUGGAGCAAUCAUUGCUGGUUUUCUUAAAUAGGCAAGUGUAUGUGCUGAACAAAAUGUGGUUAUUAGUGUAACCUGUGUGGGGGGCAAAGAGACAUUUUGAUUGAGAAAAGUGGGAAGUCUUGAAGAAAAUAUUUUGCUCAUACUGUGUGUGAAUAAUAAAACAAUGUAUUUUUGUACAUGAACUUUAUUAUUUGGAUAGUUUAAGCCUUAUUUCUAUAUUUCUUUGUUUUUUUCUUUGCUGAUAGGUCAAAUGUUCAUGUUAUAGAAAAAAAAAAAGAAUUAUAACAUAUUGAGAAUAUAUACAUGUAGACUACAAUUUAAAAUGUGAAGAGAAGUGAUUAUUAGGGGGAAGAUGUUUCAUGUAACUGUUUGAGAGUUACAUUAUGAAUGCAAGGAACAUGCUCUUUGGUACUAAAUCAGGUGCUACAAUAUGUCAUUUAAAUUCCCAUCUGCUAAUCGAAGUUGAAAUCUGAUAUCUGCGAAAUAAUAUUCUCAUUAAAAAGCAUCUCAAUACAAAAUCAUUAGUCAAAAUGUUAGUAGGUUGAUAGGAGAUUUAGCUCCAUAUAUGUUGAACACAAGCUCAUAUUUGGGUUAAUAGCAGAAGAUCAUGUCAUCACGCAUGUAUUAAGUCGUAGGUAACAUACAAAGAGAUGUAAGAAACAAUCUGUUGUCCUCUUUUGUGCUAGACAUUUAUUGGUAAUUACAAGUUUAAGUUUAACUCUACUAUUGUUAUCAGUAUAUAUGUGUAUUUAUUUAAUUAUCUUCUUGUUCUGUAGACUGUAGCUACUUGCCAGUAUAAAAAUAGCCAGUUUUAGGUUGAAAAACUGAAGAAGAAAAAAAAUACCCUCCAACCCACACACACACACAUAACAAAAGUGUGUAAACUAUUCCAAAGCUGUGAGUAGGCAAUGUACAGAAUUACUCUGUUUCUGUGUAACCUUGCUUUAAAUAAUUUAUAAUGUACAUACACCGUACAGUAAAUUCAUAGACUAUCAUUAAAUUUAUCUUUAAAUGGAGUAUGGCAAAUACAUGACUUGUCUGGGCAGCUCAUAGGACCAAAAUAAUCAACUUAAAAAACAAUUAACACACCAAGCAAAUGCUGCUCUGUGAUAAAGGCAAUCAGUCAAGUAUUAAAGUUUUCUUAUUAUUUCUAUCCAAUAAUCAGAAAAGUAUGGGUAAAGCAUUAAUGAUAAUAAUGAUGAUGAUAAACAUUUCUAAAUAUAAAUAUUUCUUAAUACAAAUAUUUCCAAGCGCUUCAUGUUAUUACCUUGAUUAGCAUGGCUGCCAAUAAGCUCUUUUUAGCAUGUAGCAUUCCAGGAAUGGAUGCCUAGGUGUUACCCAUUUACUGCACCUGUGUAGAGGGUGGCAAGUGUGCAUCAAUGUCUUGCCAAAUGAUCUUUAUAGUUCAUAGUUAUUUUUCAAAUUUUCAUGAAGUUUGGCCCCAAUAACCACCAUACAGGUUUUUGCCUUACAUUCAAAUUAAAGAUCCAAAUGUGAAUCAGUGUGAUGCAGAAUUCAAGAUGGUGAAUUAAAGGAUUAUGCAUGUCUUGUAAGCCCAUUAUUGAUCAAUAUUUGCCAUUGUUGAAGGACAAUCAUCUACCAAUAAAUGAAUGUUAGAAAUCAUUAGCGAGAGAUCAUGCUACCUAUCCAAUUAUUGAUAAAUAUUUAACUUUUAGAAUUAUUUUGCAAGCAUGAUCAUUUUUAUUUUGUCCUGGGCUUUGUUUGCAUGUAAUAGUCAUGCCACAUUUGAACAGGGUUCACAAGAAAUACGCGCAACUGUAGCUUACAUGCAUUUACUCGCAUACUGCUACUGCCAUAAGUGAUACUACUGGUAUCUCUUCCUAAGUCAAACCUCUUGGGACCAGAGAAAUCUGUUCUUCUUCGGCAAAAUUAUACUUAGAAGAUGUAUACAACAGGUUUUGAAUAAUAUGGGCUAAAAAAGUUGCUUUGAAGGUCGACUUAGGCAGAUAUACCUGUAUUUUUUUAGUAAAUACUUGUUUUAUGUACCCUAAAUGUGCCAUGUAACACACUGCCACUAAUUAAUAGAAUAUUGAAUUUAAAGGGUAUUUUCCCAUAUUGGGAAUGUUUGUUACUAUGAUGAAUGAUUGAAGUAGAAUUAUAUCAUUCAGUUUAAGGUAAUAUUAUAUUUGCAUUUGUAAUUCCCCCAAUGAAACAAUGGGACAUACAUUUUAGAUUCACAUUUGAAUAAGUGAUCAAUAAAGGAAAUGAAUUUGAAGGGUUAUAUAUUUCAUUAUUUGUUAAUGUCACUCAAAAAAGAGUGUCUGAUGUGAAUGUUAGCCACCCAUGCAUUUAGAUACUCUUGGUAUUACCAAAAGGAGUUUUUUUGUGUGUGUUGAGUUAAAUCUAUUUUUAUAUAUGUAAAAAACGACGCUUUGUGCAUUGUGUUCAGAUAAUUAUGUAACUUGUGAAUUUGAUAUUUUUAUUGAAAUUUAAAAAUGUAAAGCAAUUAUGUUAUAACUUCAAUAUUAAUAUAAAUGUUCAGUAUACAACAGUGCUCUGAUUAACUCAAUUUCUUUUGUCUUGUCUGUACAAAAGUUAUGAACGUGCUUGCAAGAAUGAAGCAUUUUUGUUGUAACAUAUUAUUUGAGUCUGUUGAAAAUUAUGGCAACCAUUUGUAUGAUCUAUUGACAUUUCAAUCAAGCGAUCAAAUGUAACCUUAACUUCAACCAAAUCGAGUCUUUUCACAUUUUCUUUUGAUUCUUUGCAUUGCGAAUUGAAAAGUUUUCAUGCAGCAUUUGGAAAGUGUUCAUGCGCAUGAAUGCUAAUGUGAAAUUUUCCUUUCUUUCAAUCUCAUACAGUUUGAUUUGAUGAGCUAAGUUCCAUAAGGUACCACCUCUCGUACAAACUACUAGUGUAUGCAAGUGCACAUUGUCCUAGAUUUGGAAAGACUUGAGAAUUGUGAUUUUUCACGUCCUCUGUUUUGAUAGUGGACGAUGGACAAGGCAUAGUGCAUUGCCUCUCAAUGAUAUCACUACCUCGGAGUCCACUGUGUCGAUGUACAAAUCUAAAACUAUUAGUAACUAAGUUUCUGUUGAAUGUAGAUGUAGUACCUUGUGCAACAAAGCUCUUUAUAUUUUUUUUUAGAACAUUCAAUAUCUUUGUCUUCUCUCCAUAAAUGCCUUCUAUUUAUUUUAAAUGUAAAUAAACUGAAAGCGAAAUUCUGCUUUCAUGAAAAUGA